AUGGCUCCCACAUAUGCUGGUUUGUCGGGCAAACGCCUGUCCAUGGCCAUCAGCGCUGUCAGCACCUUGGGUUUCCUGCUCUUCGGUUAUGACCAGGGUCUCAUGUCUGGUAUUAUUAGCAACACUCAUUUUGAAGAUGUAUUUACCGCUACCAGAAACAACGCGACUAUGCAGGCUCUGGUUACGUCUGUUUACGAACUGGGUUGUUUUGCCGGUGCAAUCUUCACCUUGAUAUAUGGUGACACCCUUGGUCGUCGCCUCAUUAUUAUUAUUGGUGCCUCUAUCAUGAUUAUCGGCGUCAUCAUCCAGGUCACUUCGUUUCCCGGCCACAUCCCACUGCUGCAGUUUUUCGUCGGUCGAGUCGUGACUGGAAUCGGUAAUGGCAUGAACACCUCCACUAUCCCUACAUACCAGGCUGAAUGUUCCCACACAACCAACCGUGGUCUGCUAAUUUGCAUUGAAGGGGGUACCAUUGCCAUUGGUACGGCGAUCGCCUAUUGGAUCGACUUCGGUUGCCAUUUUGGUCCUCCUGACCUUGUGUGGCGAUUCCCCAUUGCUUUCCAGGUUGUCUUCGGUAUCAUGAUUAUUGUUGGAAUGUGGCAUUUGCCUGACUCCCCUCGUUACUUGAUUACCCGCGGCAAGGUAGAUGAAGGCGAGUACGUGCUGGCCGCGCUUUCUGGUAAGGAAGUCGAUGACCACGAAACUAUAAUCCAGAAACAGUUGGUCCUUGACUCUAUCCGUGCCUCGGGCGCUAUGGAUAAUGUUAAAUACAAAGAUCUGCUCACUGGUGGUCCUUCGCAACACUUGCGUCGUAUGCUGAUUGGUGCUUCGUCUCAAAUCAUUCAACAACUCGGUGGUUGCAAUGCUGUCAUUUACUACUUGCCCGUCCUUUUGCAGAACUCACUUGGAGAGUCCCAAGAAAAAGCACUCCUUAUUGGUGGUAUUAAUAUGAUUUGCUAUGCCGUCUUUGCCACUUUUUCGUGGUUCUUUAUCGAAAAGAUCGGUCGUCGCAAGUUAUUCUUGGGUGGUACCAUGGGCCAGUGUGUUGCCAUGGUGAUUACUUUCGCCUGUUUGAUUCCCAAAAAGAAAAACGUAUAUGACGGGGCCGUCUUCGGUCUUUUUCUAUACAUGUGCUUCUUUGGUGCUACCAUGCUCCCACUUCCUUGGUUAUACCCUGCAGAGAUCUCUCCCAUCAAGACUCGUGCUAAGGCCAACGCUGUGUCUACCUGCAGUAACUGGAUUUUCAACUUCGCUGUUGUCAUGAUCACCCCCGUUAUGGUCGCCCAUAUUGGAUGGGGCACUUACUGCUUCUUCGCCGCCAUGAAUCUCCUCUUCAUUCCUCUCAUCUGGUUUUUCUACCCAGAGACAGCCGGUCGCAGUCUUGAGGAAAUCGAUCUGAUUUUCGCCAAGGGUUUCAUUGAGGAUAUGAGCUACGUUAAGGCCUCUCACGUCAUGCCCAAGCUCAAUGAUGAUGAGGUUGAUGCUCAAGCGGCCGAAUACGGUCUCAACAGAAGCUCGGAUGACGAGGGUUCUCAAGAACAGGAGAAGCAUAUUGAGAGGAGACAAUCUAACUCACCGCAGUGA